UCAACAAGUUGCUGAUUCUUAAUUUUUUCUCAAAAAAAAUAAAUUAAAGUGAAUAAAUAUUCUUAAAUAUCUUCAAAAAAUUAGAAAAAGUGAAAACUUUUAAAAAAUUCAAACUUCAGUCGCUGACAUUUAAGAAAAAUCAAAGAAAUAAAGGUUUUCGUGUUUUUGCUGUAAAGAUGAGUAUGUCCAAAGCUGCUUCGACUCCAAUUAAAUGUGAAAAUUUAAUGGAUUUGAACGACGACUGUUUGCUGUAUCUCUUGCGCUUUUUUGACCUGCUGGAACUAAUGAACCUUCGUGGCGUUUGUCGUCGUUUGGAUAAUUUGAUUCUUCAAAGUCGCUCCAGAUUCGCAACUCUUGACUUUGAGACCGUGCCACGCAAAUAUGGAGCAAAACUAUUGGAAAUCUUUAAAUUUUUGGGUCCCGAAAUGAAAUCUUUGGCACUCGAUACCGGUCGAGAUAAUCUUUGCUCGAAUCUUAGAGACAAAUCUGUGGUUUUGGAUUGGAUCAAUGAACAUUGUGUAAACUUGGAGUCUUAUGAUCAUCACUCCAUAGACCUUUCUGACUUACGAACAUUCCAAAAAUUUCGACCCAUUGUCAAACGUUUGAAGGCUUUGUCAUUGAACUACGUCGAAUUCGAUGAUCGUUUGGGAGAAUGUUUCAAAGAUGCGAAACUUGAAGCACUGGAAAUUGUCUACAAUGAGAACAUUACGGAAAAAUUCUUCAAAAAUGUCUCAACCUUGAAAUCCUUAGACUUAGGUGGCUGCUCAAAGCUUACAAGCGACUCGUACAUUCAAAUAUUGAAAAAGAACUUGACCUUGAAAAAGUUGUCGAUCAAUAUUAAUUCCUUGAUCGGCUCUAACUCCAAAACAAUUGGAAGGAAGUAACAAACUGGUUGAUUUCAUCGCAAACAAUUUACAUGAAAUUGAAGAACUGACCUUUGAUGUCAUGUCUUCCAAUAUAGAAAACCUUGGUGAAUUGCCAAACUUGAAAAAACUCCGCAUUUACACAGGAAAGGUUGAAUUGCACAACGCACUGGACAAGUUGAUGGAAAAAUUGAGCCAAAAAGAUGUUCUUGAGGAACUUUCAAUUUUUGGCGCCAAAAAUCAAUCAUUGAAUAUGGACCUGGUUUCCAAGUUGAGCUCAUUGAAAAGUUUGAGAUUGAGUGGAAUUCAAAAGCUCAAGGACUGCGAAUUGAGUAAACUUCAAAAAUUGGUUCAACUUGAGUUUCUGGAAGUUUUUCAUUUAGACAUCAAAAAUGAUUCAACAGUUUUAAAUUUGGUUAAAUCGUUGCCAAAACUCACCUCUUUGAGUUUGAGUCUUGAAGUUCGCAUCAAAUUCAUCGAGCAAUUAAUUCAGAUUUUGAAACAAUCAGAAAAUCGUCCAAAAUUCAAACUCUACGUUGACAAAGUUCUUUUCGGAAAUCAACGUAGAGAAUAUCGCAAAUUAUUGAAAAAUAACUUGAAUGUUAUCUACGUUGAAAUCUUCGAUGUUUUGGAUGAGGAGGAUGAUUACGACUACUCCGAGUCUGACGAUGCUGAAAAUUCUGAUUUUUCUGACAAUUAUUAAUUUUUUUUCUCAUUCCAACUUUUUUUCAUAGUAAAUGUACUAAAAACAUUUAAAUAAUUAAAAAAAAAUUUUUUUUUUGCUUAAAAAAUAAAAGCUUCAAAUA